GCCCCCUCGUCGGCGUGCAGAUCGAUCCGGCUUCUUCUUCCUCCUUCGCUUCUGUUCUGUCGAGUUGCGCGCGUGCGCGUCCAUCCCAAGGAAAUCCGCUUCGCUUUUGUUCGCAUCGCUGCUUCCAUUGGCUGCUUGCUCCUGUGGGUCAGUGUGCGUGGGUGGUCGUGGUGCUAGCCGCCCGCUCCGCGGAGAGGGAGAUGGGGAAGAGGAGGGGAGCGGCGGUGGCGCCGGCCUCAGCGGCGCCCGUGUUCCCGUUCCCGGCGGCCGCCGACGCCGACGAGCCGUGGCACUUCAGCGAUUACGGCUCCGGUGAUGAUUCCCGGCUACAGUGCUUCUUCUCCCAUGCCACGCGGUUAAAGCGCCAGAAGCCCAUCUCCAAGAAACAGCACCAGCAGAAGCAGCAGCGCCGCCGGUGGUGGAGCUCCGCCGCCUCCGCCGCGAUCCUUUUCUUCAAGCGCGGCUCCUCCUCCUCCUUCUCCUUCUCCGCCACCGUCUACAGCACGGCCGCUCCCCCGGCACCGGCAGGGCCACUGUACCUCGCCGUAGACGAAGACGACGGCGGGGCGGCGGCGGCGGCGUGCGCGUGCUGGGCGCCGGCCAUGCGGUCCGGCCACCUCGCGGUCUCCGAGCUCGGCGCGUCCGCCUCCGUGCUCCCAUACGUCAGCCUCAGGGACAGCGCCGGAGGAGGAGCUCCGGCGAUGCCCAUCUACCUGGUGACGUAGGCUUCUCCUUCUCCCGUCGUAAGCUGCUCCGCGCGUGCAGCGUCGGCAAGAACCGCGUCUUUCUUUUUCUUUCCUUUUUAGGCUUAACUCCGGAAAGUGUGGCCCACCGUCAGUGACCGCGACGGCUGACACGGGUAGUCAAAGCGGUCAAAGUAGACUUUUCUAACUCUGGUUUGCAGCAUGUGCUUUUUUCUCUUUAUUUGGUUGCUGGAUUUGUCGCCGUGGGCCAAUGUGGAGCUAAUUUGUCCGCGUUGUACUUGUGUUCUUCUGUGUGCUUGUCGUUUGUAAACUGUUGGGUGUUGGCUUGAUUUUGUUUUAUUGGCUGGUUAAA